CGUGCGUUGUUCUCGAAACAACGUCGCGGUACUUACUACCACCGCUUUUGACAUCGAGCUUCGCCGCGUUACCAGCGUACACAUCCAACGUAUAAACGCUCGACCGAUCUCUCUCGUCGUUGAUUUCGUGCGCGCACUUGUUGACCGUCAACAUGGGGAGCAAGAAAUCGGAUAUUCUGUACCUGUUCGAUCGACCGGCGGAGCCGGUGUACGUGCCUAAGGGAGAGAAUAAAGUCGCCUUCCAAGUACCAGCUAGCUACCUGCCUGAAAAUCGCCAGUCGAUAGCUCCCCAGGUGUUCAACCGUUUUUCCGAGGACACCCAGUCGCAAGUUUCCGUGAAGCAAAUCAGUCUGCCGGACUUGAGCGUACCUCUUCAACUCGGACGCCGAGAUCCGUUCUCUCUUUUCAUCCCCAAACAUCGCAAACUAGCCGCGCGACUCAUUGACAUCUUUAUGGGUAUGCGAACGUAUGAAGACUUCCUUUCCGUGUCGGUUUACUGUCGCGAUCGCAUUAAUUCGGAGAUGUUCAUCUACGCGCUCUCGGUGGCAAUCUUGCAUCGUCCCGACACCAAGGAUCUACCGAUACCGCCGCUGUCGGAAAUUUUCCCAGACAAGUACAUCGACAGCGGGAUAUUUGCCAGAGCGAGGGAGGAAGCCAAUGUUGCACCGGCUGGCUCGAGGCUGCCCAUUGAAAUUCCGCGAGAUUACACUGCAUCGGAUCUCGACGAGGAGCAUCGCGUGGCUUACUGGAGGGAAGAUAUCGGAGUCAAUCUUCAUCACUGGCACUGGCAUCUGGUAUAUCCGUUCGAGACCGACAUCAGAAUUGUUAACAAGGACCGGCGUGGCGAGCUAUUCUACUAUAUGCACCACCAGAUCCAAGCCAGAUACAACAUAGAGCGUCUGUGCAACCGAUUGGGUCGAGUGAAGCGUUUCCACAAUUGGCGCGAGCCGAUUCCGGAGGGUUACUUCCCCAAGUUGGAUUCUCUUGUGGCGAGUCGCACUUGGCCCGCCCGUCCCGCCGGAGCCGUUCUCAAGGAUAUCAACCGUCCCGUGGAUCAACUGAACUUCGACCUUCAGGAUCUUGAGAGGUGGCGCGAUCGCAUCUACGAAGCCAUUCACACAGGCGCUUAUAUCAGCCCCCGUGGCGAACGGGUGCCUUUGACCGAGUUCGGUGGCGUGGACGUGCUCGGUAACAUCAUGGAGGCCAGUAUUCUCUCGCCCAAUCCCAAUGUCUACGGGGACCUUCACAAUCUCGGCCACGUCGCCAUAUCUUACUGUCACGAUCCCGAUCAUCGCUACCUGGAAACGUUCAGCGUUAUGGGAGAACCCGCCACCGCUAUGAGAGAUCCUGUUUUCUACACGUAUCACGCUUUCGUCGACGAUGUGUUCCUGGAGCACAAGAAUACACUUCCCGAGUACAGCCUACAGCAGUUGGACUUCCCCGGGGUGACGAUCACGGACAUCAGCGUGCAAACUCCGAAUCAAUCGGCGAAUGUAUUGACGACCUUCUGGACCAAGAGCGACGUCGAUCUGUCUCGCGGCAUGGAUUUCACUCCGCGCGGUCAGGUUCUCGCCAGAUUCACUCAUCUGAAUCACGCCGACUUCAAUUACAGAAUUGUCGCCAACAACCGCAACAACGCGCCGCGCCGAGGAACCGUUCGCAUAUUCAUCGCGCCGAGACAGGACGAACGCGGAUUGCCGUACGUCUUCAGAGAUCAGAAGGAGCUCAUGAUCGAGAUGGACAAGUUCACUGUGCUACUGAAACCGGGACAGAACACUAUCGAGCGUAAAUCAACCGAGUCGUCGAUAACUAUACCGUUCGAGAGAACGUUCCGCAAUGUCGAUGAGAACAGACCGAUCGGCGGCGAUGCCCUGGACGCGUUCAACUUCUGCGGAUGCGGUUGGCCGCAGCAUCUGCUGGUACCUAAGGGAAAGGAGGAAGGAUUCCCGAUGGACCUCUUCAUCAUGAUAUCCGAUUACACCGGUGAUGCGGUUGAACAAGACGAACCGACCGGUUGCAAGGACGCGGUGAGCUUCUGCGGCCUGCGGGACCGCAAGUAUCCGGACGCACGACCGAUGGGUUACCCAUUUGAUCGCAGACCCCGACCAGGCGUGGAGAUCCUGUCCCAAUUCCUCACCGGUAAUAUGGCGGUGGCGCAAAUCACCAUUCGUCAUACGGACACGGUGUUGCCGCGCGUGCGUUCCGGAAGCAUGAGCAACGCUCUCACCUUCGCCUGAAACCUGAUGACCGACCGACCGACCAGAUUCCCGACCGAUCUCGCUGCAUCUCUUGCCGGGAAUUCCAACGAUUUCGAUUCCCGCGACCGCGCACACAUUCCCGCGAUCCUGCAAUAUCCGUCGGAGAAUCGCGAUUGAUUGCGUUGGAAGCAAGACCGGGAAAGGGGGGGGAAAGCGCGAUACGGGGAGGGUAUCCUAUCUAGUCUAUAUCCUUGGAUGACGAACAUCGCAAUGACGGCGGCGAGAUGGGGAGCGGGGAAAGAAAGAAAAAAGACCGGAGGUGAACAAAACGCUAUUUUCAUAUCUUCAAUGGCGGAAGAUUAUUCGAAGAAUAAUAGAUUUUCUUCUUGCUCUUUCUCUCUCUCUCUCUGUCUCUGUUUCUCUUUCCAGAAGAAUACUAUGAUUUUGUGCGAAUAUAAUUGCUCGUAAAACUCUUAUAUGAAAUCUCGCGACAUUGAUUCUACUUGUUUUACGAGAAGAUUAUAUCUCUCCUAGAAUAUAUAAUUUUUCUCAUUUCACUUCUUUUAUAUAUUUUUUUUUUUAUAUUUGCUUCUAUAUUUACUUUUAUAUUUACUAGUUUGUGGCUAAGCAUUCUUAAUAGUUAUGUAUCUAAUUAAAUAUCUCUGUAUCCAUGUUUUUUUUGUGUGUGACAUCUACACAAGUUAGAAUUUAAUCCGACACGCAUUUAAUAUAGUUAAGUAUAGUAUAGUUUUUUUGUUUGAAUUUAAUUUCGUGGAAACGCUUUCUUGAAUUUCUCUCGAGCGUAUUUUUGCACAAGUUAUCGUUUAUAUCUACGAUUUCAUUGUUUGCGCAUCCGCGAGCAAUAAGUGUACCGCUUAAACAAAUGUAUCUUUGCGUAAAAACAGAGACAAUGACGUGUCCCGAACGCCCAAGCGAAGCUUUUUUCUCGUCUAUCCCUUUUCCCGUUUCGUCCGCAUUACAAAAUCUAGAUUGUAGGAAGCAAGCAAAUGUAAAAAGCAAAAAAAGAUAAAAAUAAAGUCAGACUAUGCAAAUUAAA